GCAUUCUGCAAAACCCUCGAAGCCCGAAGUCCGAAGCCCGAAGCCGAUCCUCCAAAUUCCUCGAUCCAGGUUGACGGUAAGGACCGAUCCGUCCCUCUUGCCAUUGACUGGCCUCACUUGUGUUCGGAUCUAUUCGUCUUCUUCUUCCAUCGCUUCGAAACCCUAAUCUUUAUUCGACUUCGGACUGAGAAAGAUAAUUGCAGAUUGGGGAUCCGUGAUGGCUCGUCUCUAUGUUGGCAAUUUGGACCCCCGAACUACUGCCCGGGAACUUGAAGAUGAGUUUCGAGUAUUUGGGGUUCUGCGAAGUGUGUGGGUUGCUAGAAAACCUCCGGGCUUUGCUUUCAUUGAUUUUGAUGAUCGGAGAGAUGCUCAGGAUGCAAUUCGUGAUCUGGAUGGCAAGCAUGGAUGGAGAGUUGAGUUGUCCCAUAACUCUAGCAGCAGCCGUGGUCGUGACCGUCAUGGAGGUUCAGAUAUGAAGUGCUAUGAAUGUGGAGAGCCUGGUCAUUUUGCUCGUGAAUGCCGUUUGCGAAUUGGUCCCGGAGGAUUAGGAAGUGGAAGGCGCCGGAGCCGAAGCAGAAGUAGAAGUCCCAGAUAUCGCCGAAGUCCAAGCUAUGGUCGAAGAAGUCAUAGUCCUCGUGGCCGUUCUCCAAGACAGCGCAGUCCGUCACCUCGUAGGCGCAGUUAUAGCAGGUCACCUUCUAAUGACAAUCGCCAUUCUGAAUCACCACAUACUAAUGGAUACAGGCGUAGCAGGAGCUGAGGACUGUACGUGGUCAUAUGCCUCUCUUUGUGAGCGGUAGCUCCCUGGGCUAAUGUCGAAAUGAAAUGUCUUCUAUUUGAUCAACACUCGACAACUUGAAUUUGGAUAAGUCUCUUUGAACUUUAUUUAACAUAUACCUGUCUUUCAUAAAACACCAAGAACUAAUGGUAUUUGGUUAUGAAAUAGACAUUGAUGCUACUAGGAUGGUGAAUUGCAACUAAGCUCUAUGUAUUCUUUUCUUUUGUGUGUCGAGGAGGCGUGAUCCUGCUUUAGUGACUUGCCCGUCUUCGGCAUUCGUUGCUUUUGUGGUUCUCCUCCACAUCACGUCGUUUUGUUCUUCGCUCGCUCACACCAUCUUCGACGAUUUGAGAAUAUCUUCGUUCUUGAUUUAGAUGCUUCUUCAUGCUUGAUACUCUUCGCCAAUGAUGCUGCUUCUCGCAUAGUUGUACAGCCCAUUCUCCUAGACGUAAUGAGGAGCUACAUACCCCAAUACGCUUCUGAAGCAAUUGGGUGGUUGGGGUUCUUACUUCCUAGAAGUACAAUCUGCUGAAUGGUUGCUGAUCUGCAAUGCUGAAGGUCAGACAGAACUAAAACUUCAACUAAUUGGAGCUGUUAUCAUCUUUUUCAUCGUCAAUAUGGAUUACAAUGCUUAAAAUGUUUUCUUUUAUUUUAUAUUCCUUUGCUAAUAAUUUGAGCUUGAGAAAGCUUCUCUUUAAGAAAGAAA